GACGGUGAUGUUCGACGAGAUUGACGCCUCCGGCAACAUGCUGGUCGACGAGGAGGAGUUCAAGCGCGCCGUGCCCAAGCUUGAGGCGUGGGGCGCCAAGGUCGAGGAUCCCGCGGCGCUGUUCAAGGAGCUCGAUAAGAACGGCACUGGGUCCGUGACGUUCGACGAGUUUGCUGCGUGGGCUUCUGCAGUCAAACUGGACGCCGACGGCGACCCGGACAACGUGCCGGAGAGCGCGUGA